AUGUCCUCCCCGCCUUUUUGCCCCAGGGAGGGCCACCCACCAGUGGAAGCGAUACAGUUCGACUACGACCUGUGCGCGAGUCUUCAUAACCAAAUAUUCAAGACUGGAUGGACGGCAAGCGCCCCUGGGCGGACCCUUGAAUCCGCCCCCUCGCAGACGUGGUGGGAGUAUUUCGCGCCUCCCGCCGACUUCGCUAACCGGCUCAACGGUGAUUUGGUGCAAUUCCUUAAACGCGCCUACUUCCACACGGAUGCACCCGAGUUCUUCUAUUUUCUCUCGGGACUCAACUAUCCAAAGAAUCUACUCGACGACGGCUGGGUUAGGGAUCGCGGAGAUGAUCGCUAUGCCCUGCUCUACAGGGCGACGGGGUUCAAAAUGGGGGAUGAAAUGGGGGUGAUCUUCGAUCAGCAUACGAACAAGGCAGCGUUCGUUGCGGACUUUGAAGACAUGGUCCCCAUACUGGAUUAUGGGGCCUAUCUCGAGAUGAUUGAGGAAGGCAAGGUUGAGGUUUCUUCGCCGGAUGGGACGUGGAAGAGGGAGAGCAGCUCGGAUUCAAUCGGGCCAUGGCUGUGGCAUGGAUUUACGGAUAUCGAUGUCAAGAAAAGCGCUCUGGCGUUUAAGCGCCAGAUAGAUGCGAUUGAGGCGCGCAUUUCCUCAGGACAAACCGCAUCGUCGGACAGCGCCCAGGAUCGAGGGACAUUCACACUUCCCUGGGCCGACUUAUCGGCCCUUGAUGCAGCCCACAUUCUGCCAGGGACCUUUGCCAGGGCGUUUUGCGAGGAAACUGCCAAGUUCACGCUCUCCUUCCGGUACAUUGCGCCAGGCAUACGCAUUGCAACAGUCGACGAGCUCAUCGCUCAGCCACAUCAUGAAGGUUACAGCCAGAAGCCUUGGCACGCAACAAAUAGCAUGCGUGACAUGCCAGUGCUCCUCUUCCGUGCGGACAACGCAACCCUGGCUUCGAACGAUGCAGUCCCCGAGCGCGGUACCUGGCUCUACAAUGACGGUCAGUCUAUUCCGGCGGGAGUGUACACUAACACGGCUGGUGGUAUGAAUCAGGUCUUUCAGAACGGCUGUCGGCUUAUUCUCCCGUUCACAUUCGGCUCGAAUGGCUGGGCGCGGCUUGGUGAUCUUGAGGUGUUUGGGAUGAGUCCCUUGGAUGAUAAUGCAAAUCCUGCUGAUGUGGACUCUGAUCUGUAUCAGCCGGGAUAUAAUGGAUUUGGCCCGCUGCAUAGUGUUCAGCUUCACAAAGUUCUCAUCAACUGGGCUGAGCGAGUGGAGUCUGGGGAUUGGGAGGUCACGGAACAUGGGGUUGGAGGGGGCCUUGAUAUAUUCCGUGAAGCUGACACGGAGCAAGGGUGGAAGAAGUAUUGGAUACCAUUGAGCAGGUAG